CCCCCCCUCUCUCUCUCUCUCUAUCUAAUAAGCUUUCUUCAUCUUCUACACUCACACUUCCUUCUCUCUCUAGAAUUUUAGCGAUAAUAUUUAGCCUCUUUCGUCCUCCAUAGCUAGCCUAUCAAUAUUCGGUAGCUCGAGAAUUCAUCAGCCCGAAAUUAAUUGAUCGAUCGAUGGGGAUGUUGUCUAGGAAGGCCACAUGUAACUCCCACGGGCAAGACUCAUCCUACUUCCUGGGUUGGCAGGAGUACGAGAAGAACCCUUACCAUGAGACCCUCAAUCCCACUGGGAUCAUCCAGAUGGGCCUCGCCGAGAACCAGCUCUCAUUCGAUCUCCCCGAGUCCUGGAUCGCCGAGAACCCGGAUGCGGCUGGGUUCAAGAGAAAUGGAGAGUCGAUAUUCAGGGAGCUCGCUCUCUUCCAAGACUACCAUGGCCUUCCCGCCUUCAAGAAUGCAUUGGUGUCGUUCAUGUCCGAGAUUCGGGGAAACAAAGUGAACUUCGACCCGAGCAAUAUCGUGCUGAUGGCCGGUGCGACUUCUGCUAACGAGACCCUCAUGUUCUGCCUUGCCGAGGCCGGGGACGCCAUCCUAAUUCCCACUCCCUACUAUCCAGGGUUUGAUAGAGAUCUCAAAUGGAGAACAGGCGCGGAGAUUGUGCCAAUACAAUGCACGAGCUCGAACGGCUUCAGGAUCACUUCGGCUGCUCUCGAAGAAGCCUACUCAGCCGCGCAGAAACGUAACCUUCGGGUCAAAGCAGUCCUGGUCACCAACCCGUCAAAUCCUCUGGGCACAACAAUGAUCAAGGACGAGCUAAACCUCCUCGUCACCUUCGUCAUCGCGAAAGGCAUUCACCUUGUGAGCGAUGAGAUCUACUCUGGCACAGUCUUCAGCUCCCCGAGCUUCACGAGCAUCGUGGAGGUCCUGGCCGGUCGGCCUGACUGCCAGGGGUCUGAUGUCUGGGACCGAGUCCAUGUUGUCUACAGCCUGUCGAAGGACCUGGGCUUGCCGGGCUUCCGGGUCGGUGCUAUCUACUCUAGCAACAGGGCUGUCGUGGAUGCUGCCACGAAGAUGUCGAGCUUCGGGCUCGUGUCGUCCCAGACCCAGUAUUUCUUGUCAGCAAUGCUAUCGGACAAGAAGUUCACGAGCCGUUACAUCUCCGAGAACCAGAGGAGGCUGAAGACGAGGCACGACUCGCUCGUCCACGGACUCAAAGAAGCCGGGAUAAGGUGCCUUGAGAGCAAUGCAGGGUUGUUCUGCUGGGUCGACAUGAGCCACCUCCUGCGUGAGAAGACCUUCAAGGCAGAGAUCGACCUAUGGAAGAAGAUUGUCUACGAAGUCAGGCUUAACAUAUCCCCGGGCUCGUCUUGCCACUGCACCGAGCCCGGAUGGUUCAGGGUGUGCUUCGCGAACAUGACCGAGGAAACCCUGGAACUCGCAAUGCAACGGAUAAAGGAGUUUGUGGCGUCCGCCAGCUCUGCCAUCUUGAGGGGUGGCUGCGAGCGGAGGAGGGGCCGCCGCCACCCGAGCUCAACGGACAAGAGCUUGGGGAAGAAGUUCCUCACAAAGUGGGUUUUCCGACUAUCGUCAUCGCAUCUCCGUGAGGCUGAUGAUCGAUAGUCUGGUUCUCAAUCAUUUUUUUUAAAGAAAUAAUUUUUAUAAGAACCUUUUUGGAGGAUGAAUUCCUCUUUGUUUAGUGUUUGGCAAAAAGUGCACUCGGUCCAUGAGUGGAUUAGCGGUGGCAUUAGCAUUUAGCUUAGCUAAAUCAAGUUGUAAAAGUUAAUUAGGGCAUUUUUCAUUUUCAUUACCCGGGUGUUUACUACCAUGAAUCAAAAAUUGAUGAGAUCAUGUUUGUAGUUUAGUGAGUAAUCUCCCAUGUAAAGUGUGAAAUAUAUAUAUAUAU